UAGAUUACACUUGCGUGUAUCGUAAGGAAAUGUAUGAACAAUUACGGCCCUACUUUUUGUGGUUCAGGCUUUGGCAAUUAUCUACUAUUUACAUCUUAAUAUGAAGCCUUACAUGCCAUCUUUAUCUUUUCGGAACUAUACCCGGUUCCCUUGGCAGAGGCCACUUUGUCUGGACCGCCUAGCCUAUGAAUCCAAGUAACACGCUUCAUAGCGACUUACCUCGAAUAGUUGUUGAAGGGGUGUGUUUCUUAAAACCCCCUUUUCUCCAUGCGUUAAUUCUUAAUAUUCCAAGGCUGUUCAAACCGGUACCUACCAUCGUACUAAACGCAUGAGGGUUACGACAAUCAUGGCCGUGACGACACAUAGCAUGACGGAGCUACCAUCUGCCAACAAGUGGGCAUUCGGCAAGUUCCACGCGAUGCCAUGGUUUUGCAUGAUUCUGGCUCCGUCCAUGUUUUUAGGUAUUGUGAGGACUUUGACUUUCGGAUUGGCACUGUAGUCCUUUCCCAGAAUCGGAUCUCUGGCUAGUUAUGGAUGCCAGGAACUGGAAGUCCUGAAUGCGAAAGUUGGUUGCUUCUCUAAGCUUUGUAGCAAACCUCAGUAACCCCUGUUAACUUGUCACUUUGGCGGCUGUACUGAGCAAUAAUUCACUCUCAGGGUGUGGCCUACCCCUAAACUGAAUCUUAUUGGGCCCCGCCAUCGCCACAUGUAUUCCCUGGUUGGCUCUAGGCAACGGGUGAAUACAAUUGCAUAGACCAACAAUUACAUCAAUGAGGC